AUGUCUCUAGUUGAAAGUAUUAACUCGGCUCCUUUCAGCGAGUUUAUUCAUCGAUAUAUACCGCCAUAUGCCUUGGAUCUCACCAUCAGACUCCCUACCACAAGUUCGGAUGAUACCCAUGGAGAAUCUGGACACAUCUACUCGCUUCAGUUUUAUACUGCUGCCUCAAUACCUGAGCCAUAUAUGAAUGCGUGUUAUGAUCUUAUAUAUCUCACCAGUUCGGCAGCAUAUAAGCAGUCGGCCUCUGGUUGGUCUGCCCGCAAAAAGAAAUUAGAAAUGAAACUGUUAGACAUGCGAUAUAUGGUACUUGUUUUGAAAAGGAAUAACGAAGCCGAAGGUACUUUGGAUAUGCCGGCAGUUGGAGGCUUUUUGUCCUUUAUGGUCACUGAGGAAGACGAGAUGCAGGUUCUCUACUGUUAUGAAAUCCACCUUGCCCCCGAGGUACAGCACAAGGGCGUCGGAAAACAGUUACUUCAAAUAUUCGAAGACAUUGGCAAGAACAUAGGUCUUCAAAAGGGGAUGCUCACAGUCUUCAAGUCUAACACGAGUGCUAUUCGAUUUUACGAACGGCUCGGUUUCACGGAGGACGCGAAUUCGCCAAAGCCAGCCAAAUUACGGAACGGGAAGAUGAAAGAGUACGAUUAUAUGAUUAUGUCCCAACCGUUUACGAACGAUAGCAGUGAGAAGAUGGACAUCUCGACCCCUGAUUUCAAUUGA